AGAGAUGGAGGAGGCAAAACCAGCAAGCAGUAGAACGGCAAGCCUGAUCCGCCCAUCGUCAUCAUUCCGGCUCCACUCACCCAGCCUCAAUUGUAUCCGCCUGCGUCGUAUCUUCGACAUAUUCGACAAGAACGGAGACGGCAUGAUCUCAGUGGACGAGCUAAGCCUAGCCCUGGAACUGCUUGGCUUGGAAGCCGAACCCACGGAGAUUGAUUCCAUGGUGCGCUCCUAUAUAAGGCCUGGCAACACUGGCCUCGGCUUCGAAGACUUCGAAGCCUUGCACCAGUCGCUAGACGAUACCUUCUUUGGGAACAACGACGAAGACCACAAUAUUCUUGAACACGCUGACGACGACAAGACAUAUGGUGGUGAAGGUGGCUCCAGUAGCCCGCAGGAGGAGUCGGAUUUGACGGAGGCCUUCAAGGUGUUCGAUGAGGACGGUGAUGGGUUUAUCUCGGCCAUGGAGUUGCAGGUGGUCCUGAGGAAGCUAGGGAUGCCCGAAGGGGGAGACAUCGGUCGAGUUGAGCGGAUGAUCUUCUCCGUUGACCGUAAUCAGGACGGCCGCGUUGAUUUCUAUGAAUUCAAGGACAUGAUGCACAGUGUCAUGGUUCGAUCUUGA